AUGGAUAUAUGGACACUGAUAUCUACGUUAACAAGCGCGAAGAAAGCAGCGGAUGCUAAGCGGAAGACAGAGAUAGCGCAAGCAGAGAAGGUGGCUCUGGCGAUGGCAGCCGCUGCUGCGAGAGGUGAGGAGUACGUUCCCGCUGCAGGCAAGAAGGCGCGCAAGAAGCCUAUAGCUUUUCCUAAACGGUAUCAAACUGAUAUGGAAAGUAUAUUGGCAGACAAACCGGAUAUCAGGUGGCAGCAGGCUAUACCUUUGAUGAACUAUACCUUUGAUGAAAGAAAG